GGGGAGAGGCUGGGCGAGGGCUGACACUCGGGGCAGUCCGGGAAUAUACAAAAAAGGCAUUUUUUGUCGUCAGCUACCGUAGCUGACAAAAGCCAAGCCUCUUCAAGCUCGCUCAGCAGUGAUAAUUUUCUGCAUACGAACAAAAUACUGUAUCGUGACAUGGUGCAGGAGUUAGGGAAAGAAAAGUUCCACAAGUCACAGCACUGGGGUUUCUGCAAUAAUGUUGCUAUGCUGGUCGGAGAAGAUAAACCUGGAAUAGGAGGUGAACCACUACCUGGACAGAAGCUGAAACCUAAAUACAGCGUGUUUCCUGCAGGGAUGGGAAGUGAUGCUCCUGCUUGGGUAGCAUUUGACAAACAGGUAUUGUCUUUUGAUGCCUAUGUGGAAGAAGAAGUGCCUGACAAAAAUCAAGAGCUAUAUAGAAUAAGACACUGUAAAAUAUACUUCUACCUUGAAGAUGAUACAAUUCAAGUGAUUGAACCCCACGUGAAAAAUAGUGGCAUAACGCAAGGAACUAUUGUUCGACGUCACCGGAUUCCUCUUCCACCUCCUAACGAAGAUGAGUUCUAUACUAUAGAUCAUUUCAAUAUCAACACAGAAGUAAUCUUUUAUGCCCAAAGAUACAAGAUUACCGAUUGUGACCAGUUCACAAAGAAUUUCCUGAGGAAGAUGGGAUUUAGAUUGAAUCCUCCAGCAGAUCGUCCAGAUGACCCAUAUACCAAAGAGCGGCAAAAGAUUCUUGAUAGUAUGAACCCUUUGCGCCCUUAUGAGCGCAUUGACACUUUGAAACAAUUCCUGGAGCAUGAUGGACAUGUUUUACGUUUUUUCUGUGUGUGGGAUGACCCAGAAUCCAUGUUUCAUGACCCACGGGAACUGGUUCUGCACUAUUACUUGUCUGAUGAUACAAUUGAUAUAAAAGAAAUUACACCAGUAAAUUCAGGUCGGGAUGCAGUUCCACUUUUUCUCAGACGAGAUAAACUUCCAAAGUAUGCUCCAACCGGGUUGUAUCAGCCAGGCACAAUCACCGCUCGCACUGUUCUCAACGUGUUUGGAAAUUUAGUGGGAAACAGAGGCCGUUACAUUCUGGACAAUCGCAAGACAGGAGCAGUGCAUCAGGAAUUUUACAAAGACAGUGACCUGAAAAUAGGGGAAGUAAUUAAUGUUUGGGGAAGGAAGAUAUUACUCUGUGAUUGUGAUGAAUUCACUAAAGAUUAUUACAGAACAAAGUAUGGAAUCGAGGAUUUCACCCCAGUUCCAUAUAAAACUCCACCACCACCAAAACCAGAAAAAACAUUUCCACCGUAUACUGGAUUUGGUUCUGAAGAGGAUUCUUUAUGUUCCUGUAUUGGUCUGCUUCCCAAGCCUCCCCAGAAAGAUUUCAAGAAAUUCAUGGAGAAAGACAGAAGUGGUCUGGAAAGUAACAUACUGCGCUUUCUUGCAAAAUUUGUUACUGAUAGUCCCAUUGACAAGGAUCGGAAAUUCAUUAUUUGCUACUUCCUGAGCGAUGACACCAUUUCAGUUUAUGAACAUACACAGCGAAACUCAGGGAUACUCGGUGGGAAGUUUUUGGAAAGAGGUCGCAUUAAGAAACCUGGGCAGGAGCUCUUUAAGAGUGAGCCAUCUGAAUACUUCAAGGCUCAGGAUCUGUUUGUUGGAGCCAGAGUUUGUUUCCAUGGCCACAACUUUCUUUUGGUGGAUGCUGAUGAGUACACUAUCAACUAUAUGGAGAAGCAUGCAAAUGAGUUCUCUGUGGCUGAUGCUGGCUUCAUCUUCAAGAAACUGAAAGACAUAGCUGAGCCUCGUUCACGAGAAAUCAGACAGGUGUUUGCAGCCACAGACCCAGAGCAUACCAAGGUGAUUGAGUAUGAGCCUUUCAGAAAUUUGAUAGUCAGUAUCACGGAUGGAGCAUUUUCAGAACAUGAAAUUAUGACUCUUGGGCGCUAUUACGGUGUGAAAGAAGAAUAUGAAACAGACCUCCACCUCCUCCUUGCAGUGGCUCAAGAACAACUGAAGAAAAAUAGCUUUGAGAAUUUUGGACAACUGUCUGCAGUACUUGUGUACAAUGAUCGUGAAAAAUGUGGGGUGCUGCCCUAUCAGAUGUGCAGAACUAUUUGCAAGUCUUUUAAGUUGCCACUGGCUGAUGACCUUCUGGAAGCUGUACUGACCAUGUUUGAAGACGACAAUAAGCAAGUGGAAUAUAAAAAAUUUCUGGAUGGGCUGAACUGGAGAGAGAAUCAAAUACCUGCAUUCCAGACAAUAAGGCUUCCUCUCAAGAAUGAAGAUGAUUGGAACGGACAGCCGCCAUCCCUUCCUUUUAAAAAAAUCAAAUACUUGCCUCUUCUGGAUGAUCUGUUUGGCAAGGAAGAAUGACCUGAUCUGCACAAGUUACAGCUAUUGGAUUAGUGUCUCAGCCCCGAAACUUACUUAGAUGCUGAAGAUAUUUCUUGUAAAACAAAAAUAGAUCGGCUGUAGGCUUAUUACAUUUUGUUUCUUAUUCUAACAUAUAUGUAUCUAUGUGUAUUUUUUAACUCCUGAAUCAAUGGUACUCUUUGUACUUAUACAAGCGUGGUUAAAACUAUCCUGUAAACUUUGUGCCUGGUCAUAUGGAGAACAUGCAAAUACCAAGGAAUAUAUGAGUCAAGCACAGCAAAAUGAGUGACCCUAUUUUGUUCUGCAAACAAAACAGGUUGUUGGGUGACCUCAUAUAAUAUUAGGCCAAUUAGCCUAGAAUUAGCAAAAUUACAUAAUUCUGUUCAAAUUUCCUCUCUUGCUUUUUAGCUUAUACCAGUCUAUUUUCCUAUAUCUCUAUGGUGAUGUUUAAGUGCAGUUUGUGUCAAACUUUAUUAUUUUAUGGUGGACAUAGUUGUGUAGUUUUAGCACAGCAUAAAGUUGCUCUGUUAUCAGAGAUAAUUAUAACCUACCAAUGUAGAAGUAAAUAUCUUGCAGGCAAGAAGCUAUCAGCUCUUGCGUUUUGACUCAGAUUAGCAACCAUCCAAUUUUACUCAGGUGAAAUGUGUGAAGAGAAGGUAAUGUGGUAUUAUCUUAGUGAGCAUCUUGCCUCUGGUAGCACUGAACUUGCCCUUUGAAUAUUGAUAGCUUUCUCUUUGCUCAAAAUUGUGAUGACUAAAUGAAGCUCCUGUUAGCAUUUUUGUAACUUUUUUAAGCUUGUGCCAGCUCAAAGCUGUGGUUAGACCUCAAUUUACUGCAUGUGCUUGCAAGAGAAGUAAUUACCUCAGUUUAAAGAAAGCAAGAGCUGUGGUGAAGGGGGGAGCUGAUUCAUCCAUGGUGAUUCCGUAGGUGAAGGGGAGGAGGCGUGAGCUAGCGUACCUUUGCCUGCUGCUGCUCACAUCCUCACUAGACUGAGAACCCUGUGCUUUCUGUAAUCUGAAAUAGCACUUUGGUGAGAAAGUGUUUGAUUUAAGAAGAUGAGAAUUGAGCGUUUUUAAAUCCCCAAACCAAGGGGAAGACACUACUUCAAAUAAUAAUUUAAUUCAGUAAGUCUGGACUUUUUUCUUGAAACUUGAGAUCCUUUUUAGAUUUAUGAUUCCAUUUUAGAAACAUCUUGCUGCACUUUUGUGUGGCUGCGUAAAUGAAGUUUCUAAUUCUAUGUCUUCUCUCUAGCCCUUCAGUUCCUGAGAAGAAAUUCUGUUCACGCCAUAUGGCAACAUACGAAGCUUUUGGCAGCUUCUUACCUUUUUCGUUAGCAAAAAAGGACUUGAGACAAGGCCUCAUUAUGUGUGUUGCUGCUACUUAGGAAGGUGUUUGCAAAAAAUGAAUAAGUGAUGGGUCUGUGUCCAGAGGGUCAAAAAGAAAACUGUGAAAUUCGUUAAAGUGUUCCAAGCUGUAGACAAACUUUUGUAGAUAACCGUAUACUGCUUUUGAUCCAAAAGAGGAAAAUAGUUGCUUACAUGACAAGAAAAUCUUCUGAUCGUAGAGAUAGUAUCAGGAGCCAAAAUAAUAACAACUUGUGUUUGAAGCUAGUUUGAUGAAAGAUUUUUGAAACAUGCCACCACAACUGAGCUUGACACUUUAAAUGAAUGCUGUUGCCCUUGUAAAUUUUUAAUGUUCACCAGACUUCAGAAGGAUGUCUUUCAGUUGUAGAAGACUUGUUCAGCUGAUGGUUGCCAAGGAAGAUUGACCUUGAACAUUUAGAACUUCCCAAGUAGCUUUUAGAGACAGCAAAUUUACUUUACUUUGUUUUCCUUUAUGUGCAUAGGAUGAAGAGAAGCCCUUUAGGAUUACAAAAAAAAAAAAAAAAAAGCAUAAGAAAUAUAAUUUCGUAUUUUGUUGGAACCCUAUGUACAGGUUUUGUCAAUCAUGGUCUAGUCUGAUCUGGUCAUGGGCAAGAAAGGUAGCUGCAAACUGGAACCAGUGCAGAGAAGAACUAGACAGAUGACCAAUAAAAUGGAAAUAGGAAAGAAGGCUAAAGGAGUAUGGAUUAUUUAGGGAAAUGAAAUGAAGGCUCAAAAAAAAUGUGGCUGUUCUUUGUGUAUUCAUUACGGGUAUGUGAGCCAGGCAAGGAAAAUAAUCUUUCAGUUACGGACUUGGAUUGCCUAAGAAAAACUAGUUAUGGUUUGCCACAGAUAAUUUUAAACUGGACAACAAAAGAAGGUUUCUACCUUCUAAAACAGUGAGAGUCUCAAACAGUCUUCCAGGAGCAAAGUACCCAGUUGGUUUUAACAUUGAGAAGGAUAAUCUGAUAAGACUAAUUAUAGGGUGUGUUGCCUGUAAGAGUGAGGACUGUAUCUGGUAUCGAAAAAUUCCUCCUGGUCUGAGCCCAUGGAAUGAGGCAAAGGAUUUUUAUUUUUUUUAAAGAAUAGAGAAUUAUCUGAUUUCUGUUGUUUCAGUAUUUCCUGUUGAUACUCUGUGUGUUUUAUUCAUAGCCUUCUGAAUACUUCUUCCUACUUCUCCUCUUUUCCCAUGUAUCUCUCAUAACCCUGAUGAGCACAAAAGGAUCUCAAGCGGAGCAGACAGGACCUGAAAAAUAUUUUCAGUGCUUGUCACUGUGCUCUCACAAUGUGUCAUAUGCUAUGGUCUGAUGUGUUAUGAACACAUUUCACCAGGGUUUCUUUUUUACAAGCAGCAGUGCUUCCAGAAGGAAAAGCCCCAGCCAAUGAGCAGUCCAAUAAUACUCUUUGUAUAAUGUGACUUGCAGCAUAUGCUGCCCAGAAUAUUUCAGCCUCUCUUCUAAUCCUGCCACCAGCUUCUUCUCUCUUUUCACAUUGCUGAUGAGGGGCCUGAAUGAAGACAAUACCACAAGAUUAUGUUUCAAGAUGGCAGGAGGCCACAGCUUUAAAGCAUGCAUCGCAUAAAGGGGAAGGCAGCCCUCACAGUUGCCAUUAAUCUCAGCUCUCGAUCUCUGUAGGGGAGCCAAAGAUAUCUUCUUUCCACAAGUAUCUGUGCUGUCCAUGGCAGGAGCAAAGGGAUUCACGUUACGGUACUGGCUCCCCAUCUAACUGCUGGGAUGUGUUUGAUGUUAAUUUUUAUUUCCUCAACUUGGCAUUUGAGAAUAAAAAGCUUAAACUUCUCUGGAAUAGCUGCUGCAACAAGCAAACAACCGGCUGUAAACAGCAAAGAGGACCUGUCCUUGUGUGCAGGUGGUGCAGCUAGCUCUCAGCCUUGCAUCAGCUUCUGCUCGUGUCCAGUUAAGAGAGCCUGCUCUGCUCACCAGCAGGUGGGUCCCCUCAGACAUCUUAGAUCCAAGCAGCCAACAGACGAUCCAGCCUACCGCAGACAGAAAUAAAGGUCCUCAGCAAGCAGCAUUUUUCUGUAUCCUGCCCCUAAUAUGUUCUCCUAGACAGAGUCAUUCGUACCGGCAUCAGACAGAUCAGGUCUUUUUCAGUUACAUGAAUGAAAAGAUGCUGAAAGCCUACUUCUGCAUUUGUACCUCAUGUAUUGAUGAGAUUUGAUCUGCCUUCACAGCAGGAAAGCUCUUCA